UGUUCCUUUUCUCUUUUUUUUGUUCUUCCUUACCUUAAGUAUAUAAAUCUUUAUCUGCAUGCACAAAUUUCUUGUAGAAUGGUUAGUGUCGCCUCUACUAUUAGUCAGUUUACUAUUUUUUCAUGGUUGUGCUCAUGGGCUUUAUCAUUUCCUAAUAUUGUUCAUUUAUUAACGUUUUUUUUUUUUUUAUGUUAAGAAGGCACUGUUGGCUAUAUGGUGGAGAGUGACUUAACCCUAGAAGUUGAAUUUAUUGCCUUAUGAGUUUACUUCAAGCUAAAUGUUCUUGCAAACUGCAAGGACCAAAUUUUGCACCUUGAACUUUGAGAAUAAAAGGAUAAUUCAAAUUUAUACCAUCAAAAGUAAAAUGUGAGAUUGUUGUUAUAAAUAGAAAAAGUGUCGAUUAACACUCAAUAGUGUCGAUCAUUAUUAUGGUAUCCAUGCAUGCAAAUGAAUAAGUUCAAGGAAGAUCUAUUUUUUGCACUUAGGGCAUAAAAGGUCUUUAAAUGGCCUAAAACGCUUAGGUAAAUUGAAUCUUUAUGUAUGACAACAUUUUUUAUAGCUUUACCAAGUUUGAAAUGAUAAACUUAUGCUGUUUAUGUGUCCAAGUGAGUAAGUUGAAUAUAUCUAUCUUUUUGCACUUUAAGAGCAUAAAAGGGACCAACUGAAUUGAGGGGCUUUAAACCUGCAGGCGGUAGCAGCAGCAACACGGUGCUGCCUGCUGAACUUGAAAUCCUUUCUCUCUGACUUCUUGCCUCUCUCUCUUUCUCUCAAAAAGUAAAGUUGGAAUUUCAACUUUGAAGUUACCAUUUUUUGAGCUAAGCAGCUAUUUUAGAAGCCCAACUUUUGCUUCAAAAAAUCACAAUGGACAAGCACACACCGCAAAUUAUUCAUAUUCCAGACAAGCCACGUGUUCCGCCCAGCCAGCAACCCACUGUGAAUGUUUAUGCUUCCAUAAUUGAACCAAAACAUGCCAAUACUCUUGUAAGGCGGCUUAAUCAGAUAGCACCGCUUGAAAAUCUCCGUCAUGUGAGGCGGAUUCGAAGAAGGCAUCUCCAAGUUCAAGGAGGAAGCCCAGAGCUGUCGGUGAUAUUAUGUUUAGCUUGUGAAAAUGAAACACAAUUCAACAGCAUGCCACCAGAUGUGCAAGAAAUUGUGAAUUCCUACAACUUGUGUCCUUUCAUUACAAAAGUUAGCAAAUAUGCAGCAUUAUCAAAAGAGGAGUGGGACGAGCAGUGCAAACUGUGGCCAACCUCAUAUCAUCCACUAACCUACAAUAUUGAUGGCAUUACUGGGUUUAGUGAAGAGGAUACUAAAUCAGUUUUCAGCUUUAUGAAGUCUGCUGUAGAGUUGGCAAAGUCUGGAGAUGGUUUGGUUGUCAAUGCUGCUGUAAUAGUAGAUCCAUCAGCUGGGCUGAUAAUUGCGAGUGCAUGUGAUGAAGUCUGUUCUUGGCAUAUGCCAACAAACAAAGUGAAAACUGAAACCUGUUGCUUCAAACAGUUGGAAACAUUCACUUCUCACGCUGAUGCUAACAGGAUAGUACGAGAUAUAACUAUGCUUUCAAAUGGUUCAUCUAAUAAUCUCCAACAAUGUUACACUGCUGUUUCUUGUUUAAACCCUUGGCAAUGGGCUCAGCACGCAUUUCAUAGAAGUCAUUGUUAUUGGCACCCAUUACGACAUGCUGCUAUUGUCGCUGUUGAAGCUUCUGCUGCCAGGGACAGACAUUUGUUCCCUGGUUCUGGCUACAAUGAAAAGUUGUAUGAAGUUGAUUGCACUCAUUCUUCGUCCUCAAUUUCUACAACAAAGAGACAAAAGAUCGUCAACCUUGCAAAUGUCAUCAAUGGUGGGGAACAUGAUGCUCAUAUUGAAGGUUCACACUCCUUAGCCAGGCCUUAUUUGUGUACUGGCUAUGACAUCUAUCUUGUCUGGGAGCCUUGUACAAUGUGUGCCAUGGGGCUUGUCCAUCAAAGAAUUAGGCGCAUAUUUUAUGCUUUCCCAAAUCCUGAAGCGGGCGCAUUGGGAAGUGUUCACAGGUUACAGGGUGAGAAAAGCUUAAAUCAUCACUAUGCUGUUUUCAGGGUCGUCUUGCCUGAAGAAGUCAUUGGGAGAACAAAAUUAAAAUUGUAGCUAUUUACAAUAACUGCUGGGAAAUGAAUGGUGUCCAACUGGGUAGUUGAGGGUAAUGACACAAGCCAUACAAGUGGCAUAGGGUUUAUGGUAGUAAUUCAGCUGGCUAGGGUGUAAAAAUAGUAUAUUAAAACUCACAUGGAGAAAUUUGAGUUUUAUCUAGACAAAAUGGUUCUUGUGAUCUUUGCUGAGUGCUGACAUGUUCAAUAGCAUUUUGAUUUUAUAAAUUUCCGGAAAUUCAUCUUUUAUAUAGCUUAUCUGCCUUGCAUUUGGAUUCUCUAAUGCAAAUUGAUAUUUGAACUAUAA